CUCGAGGCUGGUCACGACGCGAGCGCACCCAACCCGAACGGUGACACCGCGCUCAUGCUGGCGGCGGCGGCCGGCCACCUUGAGAUCGCAGAGCGCCUGCUGGCAUCUGGGUCGGACCCGAACGCGGUGGAUGCACAAGGGCACACGGUGCUCAUGUGGGCGGCCCAAGGAGGCCACAUCCCGCUGAUCAACCGCCUCCUUGCCGCUGGCGCAGCGCCGAGCGCAGUCGUCGAGUCAACCGGUUUCACGCCUCUUCUGGCGGCGGCGCGCGCUGGCCAUCUCAAGGUGGUGGAGCGGCUUCUCGAGGCGGGCGCCGAGCCGGGCGCCGCCGACGCCGACGGCAUCAGCGUGAUGCUGUGGGCCGCCCGCCGCGGCCAUGCGCGUGUCGUGGAUCGGCUGUUGAGCGGCGGUGCGGACCCGGGCAGCAAAGACGCGAACGGCGUGACGGCGAGCAUGUGGGCGGCGCACGGUGGGCACUGGCCGGUCAUCCAGAAGCUGCUCGACGCGGGCGCCGACCUCAACGCCGCCGACGCUGACGGUGGCGGCGCCUUGCUCUGGGCGGCGCGCAAGGGUUGGCUGCCGGUGGUCGAGAAGUUGCUCGAGGCAGGGGCCCUGCCUCAGGCGACCGACCGCUUCGGAUCGACGGCGGAGGGGGCGGCCACGAAAGCGGGCCACCUUCUCGUCGCCGCUCGUUUGCGU